AUGGUCAAAGACUGCUCAGAGUGCAACAUCUGUCGCUUCAAUCAACUCUACGUUCUCGGCCACGACGCAACCAUUAACCACUCCACCUCGACCAUCUUCACACCACCAUCCGACAUGGAGUCCAACAACACCAACGAUGUCAACCGCUUCCUGCGUAUGAUCACCAUCGCCUGCUGGGUCCCAGCAUUCCCCUUUCUCCUCGCCCACGGAAUCGUCACAAACCUCAUCUGCCCCGUCCUGGGCAUCGUCCCCAUGACCUUCUCCGCCAUCACCGCCCUGGUCCACCUCGCCGGCGGCGCCAAACACCGCAUUCCUAACAUCGUCGUCGACCUCUUCUGCGCGACCUUCCUCAUCGCCGUCCUGAUCCCCGGCUGGAUCCUGCUGCGCGGCGACUGGCGCUCAAACACCGGCGAGGUCAUGGUAGGGACCUACGGCACGGUCCCCAUGAUGAUCAACUUUGUCCUCCACACCUGGUUCGUCCUCCGCGAAAUCGAGCUCCGCAACCCCUUCGUCUGGUCCCGCUGCCCACACUGCCACGGCGACCUGACCCACAGCAAGCAGCACCACCAGCGGAGCCCCCGCGCCAUGUCGCACGUCUCCAGCGACAGCAAGGAGUCGUACGAGCCCGUCACGAUGGUCGAUGCCGAUGAGGCUGGCGUCCCGGCCGAGGGGCCGAGUAGUUAUAAUCAUCAUGAGCGGAGUCAGCCAAGGCCGAGUACUGAUGAUGAGACUGCGAGGCUUGUUUAG